AUGGCAACGAUAGCGUCACGCGGGCUGCAGCCCAAUUCUUCCCUCCCCGCCAAGGUCCAGAGCAUACCGCCAAACCAAACAAUUUACAUCACAAACCUGCCUUCCGCCAAAAUACAAAAAGACGAUCUGCGAACAGCACUCUACAUGCUCUUUUCGACCUUUGGACCCGUCCUCGACAUCGUCGCCCUCAAGACCAUGUCCAUGCGUGGGCAAGCACAUAUUGUCUUUCGAGAUAUCCAAGCCGCUACGCAAGCCAUGCGCACGUUGGAUGGGGAAGAAUUCCUGGGGAGAGCCAUGAAAAUUCAAUACGCCAAGUCCAAGUCCCAUUUUGUCAGCAAGAUUGACGGCACCCUCACGCUGCCCACCAAGGGCGCCGCUGCUCCUGAGCAGACGGAGCUGCAACAGAGCAUCUUCAACGCACCCCCGGCUGGCACCGCAACGACAGAAACACCGGCCAAGCCGCCUCCCAGCGCCGUGGACCAUGCCAUGAAGGAUGUCGGCGGCUCGCCCGAAAGCCGUGGGCAGAAGCGCAACCGAGACGAAGAAAGCGAACCUGAAGAUAGUGGCGAGGACAUGGCAAUGGACGAGGACAGCGACGACGAAUAA